UCCGUCGCUCCGCGCCGCCACCUGCCGUGUCCGAGAGUGGAAAUUUGCAUGGAUCCAGUCGUUAAUUUCGUAAAUUUCAGGAUUUUUCUGCGAUGCCAAUUUGGAUUUCAUGACAACGUCGUCCGGGAGGGCUCUGUUCCCGCCGCAAAAUGCUCGCCGAUCGGAUUUUGAAUUUUCCAAGUGACUUGAAAAUCGAGAGUUUUCGGGGCCUCGGGGCCAGAUAGUGGUUCACUCGGCGUUCAGCGCGUCGGUUCGAAUUUGCCGGUUUACAAUUUUUUUUUGUUAUGAGCCAGGAACCAUCCCCGAAUCAGACGCCCAUCAAAGCAAAAGUACACGAAAAUGAUCAGAUGGAUUUGGAUGACCUGCUCCCGGCGAUCGGUGAGUUUGGUCGAUACCAGAAACUGUUGCUGUGGUUCAUCUGCCUGCCGGCUUGCAUCCCCUGCGGCUUCGGUGCUUUCAACCAGCUCUUCAUGGCCGACGUCCCACCACACUGGUGUAAAGUCCCACAGCUCAUGGGCCCCGACCACAAUCUCACGGCUGAACAACGCAAAUACCUCGCCAUUCCAGCUAUCGAUGCAAAUGGCACGGCGGCCAGUUGUGCACGUUACGCGGUGAACUGGACGGACCUGUUACUGGAUCAAGAUGUUGAAGACCUGGCUCCCAACGCGAGCUGGCCGACGGAGCCGUGUCUUGAUGGAUGGGAGUACAACAAAACGGAAGUCAUUUCUUCCAUAGUAAUAAGCUUUGAUUUAGUAUGUGAUCAUGAUAUAUAUCCCACCUAUGGAUUGGUUGCGCUCAAUAUUGGAGGGCCAGUUGGAGUUUAUUUAUUUGGUGUAGUUAAUGAUAGAUUAGGUAGAAAAUUAUCUUUCUUCUUAUGCCUGGCAACACUACUAUUGGGAAGUGUUUUGACGGCGACGGCCGUCAAUUUUUGGCAGUGGGCGGCUUAUCGAGUUAUUGUUGGACUCACCAUACCUGCAGUCUAUCAGAUACCUUUCAUUAUUUCAUUAGAGUUGGUUGGUCCUAACUACCGUUCCUUUGUCACGGUUUUGACAUGCUCAUUUUACACUCUUGGACUGACGCUUUUGGCAGGUGUUGCAUACUUCAUUCGUGACUGGGUACAGCUUGCAUAUGCAACAUCUCUUCCAUUCUUCUUAUACUUUCUUUACUGGUGGGUGCUGCCAGAAUCACCAAGAUGGCUAUUGGCCAAAGGAAGACUUGAGGAGGCCUCAAAAAUAUUAGAGACACUAGCAAGGGUGAAUAAGAAAGAGAUGCCAGAAGCUUUUAAAUUAAAGUUAAAACAAAGGAUGAUGCUGGUGAGGACGCGGAGCGAAGAGCGAAGACUGCAGACAGGUCCUGGGCUAUCAUCAUUGUGUCGUACACCCAAUAUGCGGCUGAAAACGUUGCUCAUAACUCUCAAUUGGUUUGCAGCAGAAACUGUUUACGUGGGACUGAGUUAUUAUGGACCAGCUGUGGGGCAUAACCAAUACAUCAGCUUUCUGCUCUCCUGUUUUGUGGAGAUCCCCAGUUAUAUUGUCUGCUGGAUCAUAAUGGACAGAUGGGGUCGAAGGUGGCCACUUGCCAUGAGCAUGGUUCUCAGCGGUUUUAGCUGUAUAGGCACUGUUUUGCUGCCAGAAAGUGAUGCGGAGUCAAUAUUAAUUAUGUUCCUCUUCUCAAAAUUCACGAUUUCAGCAUCUUUUUUGAUCAUUUACCCAUUUGCCGGAGAGUUGUAUCCUACAUCAAUUCGUGGCCUAGGGAUUGGUGCUUCAGCAUACAUUGCUGGUCUUGGACUGAUUAUUAUACCAUUCAUCAACUACUUGGGUCAAGAGAACUUAAAAAUGCCUCUCAUCAUCAUGGGAGUGGUUUCGGUUUUGGGUGGACUCACAGCUUUGCGAUUGCCGGAAACUCUACAUCACCGUCUACCGCAGACGAUUGAGGAGGGCGAGGAGUUUGGAAAAGACUGGACAUGGGCCGAAUGCAUGACUUGUGUGCCCAAAAAGCCGGACUCACAUGCUGGAUCUUAUGAGGAUCUUCGAGAGAGGGACGUAGUCGAAAUGUUGCCAACUUUACCACACCAAGAAUCAGAUCCUCUGCGAGGAUCGCUCCGAGGUUCCGUGAGAGGUUCAGUGAGGGAUCCACUCAGAGAUCCACUAAGCCGCAGGGCCAGGCUCGUGAGACAAGCGAGUACAAUGGAAACUCCACUCGACUCCACAGGAGGAAUUAAAAUGACGCACUGGUUCUGAGCAGCUCUUGACAGUGAAGCCUAUAAGCAAUUCGAUCUAAUUAGAAGAAAAGCAGCAAAAAUUUCUGCACAAGCUACUUUCUUUUUUCUAGUUGUUAUUUUUUAUAUUUUAACUUUACAGAUUCAUGAGAACUGUAAUUACCACAAAUACAAUCAUAGAUACUUUUAAUAAAUUGUUUUGUCAAUUGUGAAA